AAUGAUUAUGAGAUGUUAUUGGCGCUAGAUGAGAAUAAUCACCAGCAUGGUGGUGCAACGCCUGACCAAAUUAACGGCUUGCCACAGUCAACAGUUCAGGGUGGAAAUUUUGAUGAAGCAUGUGCGAUUUGCCUGGAAACUCCGAAUGCUGGAGAAAUAAUACGCCAUCUACCUUGCUUACAUAAGUUUCAUAAAGAUUGUAUUGAUCCAUGGCUUGGCAGAAAAACAUCAUGCCCAGUGUGCAAAUCAUCUAUCACCUGA